GCGCAGGGAAAGGCUGGCAGGGCAGCGCUUGGCUUCUGAGCCAGGAGGGGGAGGGGGUCCCACCGAGCGAGGGGUGAAAAGCCAAGCCAGGGGGUGCCCUAGCCCUCCGCCGUCACCACAGGUGUGGGUGUGAGCCGGCCCGCAGGAGAGGGGAGGAGACUCCGAUGUUUAAACCUCCCAGCCCCGGUGGCUUUGGCUGGCUGGAUGGAGCCAAGGGGGAGCAGCUAAGGCGCUAGCCCCGGCCGCGGCAGAGGACAGCCAGCUCCGCCUGCGUGGAGAAGCCCGGCGUGGAAGGCGGACCUCAGGGAGGACUGGGGCUUGCUGGACCGGAUUGAGGACUGCAGGGUCCUGGGGCAGGAGCGGGCAAUAACCCCCCCCCACCCACACCCCCGCAGUGCAGCGACCCUGGCGCUAACUCGGUAGCCUGCCCCCCGGCUCUGGAUUGUUUCGGGGCCCGGCCUUGCUGCGCGCCGCGAUGUAUCAGAGCCUGGCCAUGGCCGCGAACCACGGCCCCCCAGCCUACGAGGGGGCCGGGGGCUUCAUGCACGGCGGGGCGGCCGCCUCCCCCGUCUACGUGCCCACCACCCGGGUCACCUCCAUGCUCCCCAGCCUGCCCUACCUCCAGAGCGGCGGCUCCUCCCAGCAGGCCAGCCCGGCCUCCAGCCACUCCAUCUGGCCGCAGCCCGGCGCCGAGCCCGCCGCCUACAACCCGGGCGCCUCCCACCCGCCCGUCUCGCCCCGCUUCUCCUUCUCGCCCGGCGCCUCCCGGGAGGCCGCCCCGUACAGCAGCCCGCUGAGCCGGGAGCAGUACGGCCGGGGCUUCGGCGGCUCCUACUCCGGCCCCUACCCCGCCUACGUGAGCCCGGAGAUGGGCACCGCCUGGAGCGCCUCGCCCUUCGACAGCCCCAUGCUGCACAACCUGCCCGGCCGGGGCGCCGCGGGAGCCGCCCGCCACGCCAACCUCGCAGAGUUCUUUGACGACUACUCCGAGGGGCGAGAAUGCGUCAACUGUGGAGCCAUGUCCACCCCACUCUGGAGGAGAGACGGCACGGGCCACUACCUGUGCAACGCAUGCGGGCUCUACCACAAGAUGAACGGCAUCAACCGACCACUGAUCAAACCCCAGAGGCGGCUGUCUGCCUCCCGCCGCGUUGGGCUCUCUUGUGCCAACUGUCAUACGACCACGACCACGCUGUGGCGCAGAAAUGCUGAAGGCGAGCCAGUCUGCAACGCCUGCGGACUGUACAUGAAACUCCACGGGGUCCCAAGGCCUUUAGCAAUGAGAAAAGAGGGGAUUCAAACGAGGAAACGUAAGCCGAAGAACCUUAACAAAUCCAAGACACCAGCAGGACCAUCCAGUAGUGAGAGUCUUACCCCCACCACCAGUUCCACCAGUAACACCAACACCACUGCCAACACGGAGGAAAUGCGCCCCAUAAAGACGGAACCGGGGCUUUCAUCUCAUUAUGGGCAUCCGAGCCCUAUUUCUCAGGCAUUCUCAGUCAACGCGAUGUCUGGGCACGGAUCUUCUAUUCACCCUGCUAUUUCAGCCCUGAAGCUUUCCCCACAGGGCUACCAAUCAGCCAUCAGCCAACCUCCACAGGCCAGCUCCAAACAGGACUCCUGGAAUAGCCUGGUCUUAGCCGAAAGCCAUGGAGACAUCAUAACUGCAUAACCUCUUCCUCCUCCCAUGGACUUCGGGCUCACCUGCAUGAGAAACAAAGACGCCACGUAAUAAUCGAGUGAAAGCUGUUUGCUUUUUUCCCUCUCUCCUCGAGGGAAAUAUGGUGGGAUUCUGGAAGAACAAUUCCAUAUGGCAUUAUAAAGACGACUUCCAGGAACAGCUAAUACUAAGUAAGCAGAGAAGAUCCCGUUUCAGAAUAACAGUGGCUGAUCUGAAACUUUCCCUUUAAAGAAACCAGGUUGUAACCACUUUCUAUGAAACAUCCAGAAACAAAGACAGGACUCGUGUUUUUUAAACUUCCGGCUCUGACAUCUCGGACAGCGAUGGCAUGGAGACACUUUCUUCUCACCGUCCAUUCAUUUCCUGACCAGGUCAGCCCAGGAGAAAAUGCCAUCACCUUGUUAUCGCCCAAAGGCAGAGAUUUGAUGACUUUCCAUUCAGCAAAGCCGUCUCCAGAACAAUUUGUUGCGUAGACUUAAUCUGACACAACUUUGUCUGCUUUCGUGGAUUUUAAUACCGUGAUUCAGUUUAAGAAGAAAGAAGAACUCGCACAUCUACCAAAACCUCCAAAGCUUUGUUUUCAUGUUACCAAGGAGUCAGAGAACUGAACCAUUGUACUUAUUUAACAGGAACGAUUUUAUCUUUCCCAAUUAUGGGAUCGUGUUUCCAAAAGGCUGAGCCUGGAGAAGGUCUCACAGCCAGACCUAACGCUUCAGUGAAAGUCUUUGUGAGUUACGGGGGAAGAGACCCAGAGUGUUUAUGAAAAACAUGGCGGAAAAUGUUGGUUUCUGCCCUUUGAGAUAGCGAGGAGCCUGGCUCGAGGAUCCCUAGAGCAGGGGAACACUGCGAUUGCCACCGUAACACGGUGCUGCAAUUGUGUAUGACCCUGUGGCCUAUCACAGUUAAUUAUUUUACAUUCUUUCUGAUGUUUUCCGUUGCCAUUGAUAAAUCUGAUUUUCCUUUUUUCCAAGGCAAUAUCUGCCUUUUUACCCCAAAUGCAGACCUGUGUCCCUCCCCCAUGUCCAAUCAAAGCCAAUUAGCAAUUCAGCUUUCCUAAAGGCAUCACCAUGGGCAGAAAGCUGCUUUGUGAUCAUCCACUGUGUAACUGAACAUCAUAGGCAUGGGAAAAUCUCGUUGCCAGCUACGCAUGAGCACACAUGUCCAUAGGACAAGCUUAAUUACAUGUGUUUUUUAAAUAUGAAGAGACUAGUGUUGUCUCCCCACAAGGCCCAGAAGAGUGGCUGCCCCAUGGAGGGCCAGCCCUAUUUGUCUAGGCAGAGAACUUCUUGGGGCCCUCUUGAUCAACCAAACAGGUCCCCCAUCUCCUUCUCUACCCCUCAGCUCUCAGGCACCCAUCUCUCCUCUCGUCUGCCCAACCUUUCUCUCUGUCCUCCUUAGAGUCAAAACUUGACUAUGUAAAGCACUAAAAGAUAAUAUGGGGAGGGGAGAGAUUGUGCCCCCCAGAUCCAUAUACAAAGGGGUCCUCGGUGUGUGAGUCUCUCCUGAACAGAUGGGGUGAAGGAGGCCGCUAAGCUGUCGCCAUGGCAACAUUCCCCAUCUCCCUCCAAUCCUGCAAAGGCCUCUCUGUAGGUUUGAAGGCAACACCAGGGUGAGUGGGUGGGAACGCAAUGGCCAGAGAUGGGGCUAUGGACAGACAAAGGGCUGUUUUGUCUCUCCACUGCAACUUCGCUGGCUGGUGUGAUGCCCCUUUAAGGGGGUGUUCCUGGGGCAGACGCAGCUGGGGAGAUGCUAAUGGAGCUGUGCUGACAGGGACUGGGAGCGAGGGAUGCAGCGUUGCAGUGGAAACGUGGACCCUUCCAGUUCUCCUGGGAUCUGAAUAGACCCUUGGAGAUCCACAGGGUUUCUGGAUGGGUUCCACAGCUGAUUGCAGGUGGGUGGUAACUGCACCCCCUGGUGGUGGAACAAUGUGGCAGGAGAUCUUUGUGGUGUUUUUCUCAACAUGAGACACCUCCCAUGGGAUAUCCUGCAGUAGGCGGGGCAUGAUCCAGACAAUAAUAAGGAACAAUCUUGCACAGGGCCCAUGGGAAUGGAUUCCAUGACCUGCUAGGUCUUUUCCAUCUCUAACUUCUAAGAUUCCCAGAGUCUCUAUCUCCAUCACCCCUCAUCCUCUUACCUUGGAAGGACCGGUGUCAAGGUUGGUCUUAUUAACAUCUUCAUUAAUGAUCUAGAAGAGGCAGUACCUGAGGUAUUAAUAAAAUCUGCAGAUAAUACUAAAUGAUCUACAGAUCAUAGUAAGUUGCGAAUGGUAGCGAGGGCAGAAAAACAAUACAGACGGUACUAGGCCUAAUUAAAUAUAUGGGAGUUUUUCUGUUGACUUCGGUGAGGUUUGAAUCAGGCCCGUAGCGAGGUUAAAAAUAUGGUCAGAAAAGAAUAACAGGGCUUUCAGGCUGGAAAAAUACAAGCUCGUACACCUUGGGGGGAGGGGGAGAAUAACACAAAAGACAAUGUGAUUUUGAGAUGACUGCACAGAGGCAGCAAAUAGCUGACAGCAUCUCCCUGAGCAUGAGUGUGGUUCUUCUGGCUAGGCAGCUUCUUCCUUCACUGGAUCCUUCAGCCAGCCUUCUCCCUGAGUAACAGCACCUCUUUAAAUCUGGUGAACUCACUGUCCACCUGUGCCUGAAACUGCCCAGUAUAUUCCUUUCCCUUAGAGAGAUACAUGCUCACACAAACACACCUUGAACUUGACCUAAAGUAAUGCCAACCUCCGGGGACAUUUAAAAGUAGGUUGGGCAAAACACUAGUAAAUGUAGAAAUUCAAGUAUCGUACCUUGAUGGGGAGGAGAGCCCGGCUAGAUGGUCAUCUAGCCGCUUGCCAUCUCUGGAAUCUAGGACCCAUGGGCGGCUCUAGGCACCAGCACACCAAGCAUGUGCCUGGGGUGGCAAGCCAUGGGGGGCACUCUGCCAGUCGCCGCGAGGGCGGCAGGCAGGUUGCCUUCAGCG